AUGGUUGGGAGCUUGGGUACAGCACAGCUGCUCCCUUGGGGCAGACAGGAGAAUUGCCAAGAGUUGGAGGCCAGCUUGACCUACACAGCAAUUUUUACCCAGAAAAUCAAGCCAGUUCCUGACCUGCUGGACACACGAUACUGGCAGGGCUUCCGGCUAGAGGACUACCUGAUAGGACAGUCCCUCGGCAAGGGCUGCAGUGCUGCCGUGUAUGAGGCCACCAUACCUGCAUUGCCCCAGUACCUAGAGAAGACAAAGAGCACCAGGCUGCUUCCAGGGAGAGGCCCAGACGUCAUCCCACACGGAGAGGAGGAGCAGGCUGCAGGGGCCCCCGCCUUUCCCCUCGCCAUCAAGAUGAUGUGGAACAUCUCGGCAGGCUCCUCUAGCGAAGCCAUCUUCAGCAAGAUGAGCCAGGAGCUGGUCCCAGCUAGCCGAGUAGCCUUGGCUGGGGAGUAUGGAGCAGUCACAUACAGAAAAUCCAAGGGAGGUCCCAAGCAGCUUGCCCCGCACCCCAACGUCAUCCGAGUUUUCCGUGCCUUCACCUCCUCCGUGCCGCUGCUGCCGGGGGCCCUUGAUGACUACCCCGAUGUGCUGCCCCCUCGUCUCCACCCGAAAGGCCUGGGCCACGGACGCACGCUGUUCCUCGUCAUGAAGAACUACCCCUGCACCCUGCGCCAGUACCUUCACGUGAACACUCCAAGUCCCCGCCUGGCCACUGUGAUGACCCUGCAGCUGUUGGAAGGCGUGGACCAUCUGGUUCAGCAGGGCAUUGCUCACAGAGACCUCAAGUCUGACAACAUCCUGGUGGAGCUGGAUUCGGACGGCUGCCCCUGGCUUGUGAUCUCCGAUUUUGGAUGCUGCCUGGCUGAUGAGAACAUCGGCCUGCAGUUGCCUUUCCCCAGCUGGUAUGUGGAUCGGGGUGGGAACGGCAGCCUGAUGGCUCCUGAGGUAUCCACAGCCUGUCCUGGCCCCAGGGCCGUGAUUGACUACAGCAAGGCCGAUGCCUGGGCAGUAGGAACGAUCGCUUACGAAAUCUUCGGGCUCACUAAUCCCUUUUACGGUCAAGGCAGCACCUACCUGGAAAGCCGCAAUUACCAAGAAGCUCAGCUGCCCGCACUGCCCGAGUCGGUGCCUCUAGACAUGAGACAGCUGGUGAGGUCCCUGCUCCAGCGAGAGGCCAGCAAGAGACCAUCUGCCCGAGUGUCUGCAAAUGUGCUUCAUCUAAGCCUGUGGGGUGAAGACAUUCUAGCCCUGAAGAAUGUGAAAUUAGACAAGAUGAUCGGCUGGCUCCUCCGGCAGUCAGCUGCUGCUCUGCUCGCUGACAGGCUGACAGAGCAGAGCUGUGUGGAAACGAGGCUGAAGACUUUGUUCCUGGCUAACCUGGAGUACGAGGCCCUCUGCCAGGCGGCCCUCCUCCUCUGCUCCUGGCGGGCAGCUCCCUGACUGCACAGCUGCGCGUUACUAAACUUGGUAGCAUCUGUGUGCCGAUGGUGUGAGUGCCAAGGGUGGGGCUUAGCUGCGAGAGUGCGCGUGAGUCAGAAGCUGGUGCAGGGGCUGGUCGGCCAGAGAAGGCCUCAGGUUUGGCAAACGGGAGGAACUGAGUCAAACUUUAGUCUGUAGUCACUGACUGCAGCUGUGGGGUGUCCCAUAACCUGCGUGGACUUACGCUGUCCUAUCUGUGAAAUCAAGACGCUGGUCUAAAUGAGGCAUUGGCACCUCCACGAGAGCCAGAUAGUACAUUAAGUUGUUACAGCUACUCAACUCUCACUGAGGCACAGAAGCAGCCUUUGUAAACAAAGGAGCAUGGCCGUGUCCCAGCAAGGCUUCCUUUAUGGACCCUGAAAUUUGAUUUUCAUGUGUCCCCAAAUUCUUUUCAUUUUUUCAACCACAAAGAAGCAUAACCUUUACACUUGGUGACCGGAUAGCCAUCCCCUGGUCUAGACAUGUUCACAAGGCUUAACUCAAAAAAAUUAAUGCUGACUGAUGACUAGGUGUCUUUAUCAUCACGAAAGGUAACAGUUCUCUGCACCAGGGAGAAGUUACACUGGGCACUGCCGACCACCAGAUCUGUCCUCACGGAUCUCCCAGAGUGAACGGCCAGCUGAUCUUAGAGGAGCUGGGCUGAGGGGCUUGGACCUGUGCCCGCAUCCGAAAGGAUCUAAGCCAAGGCAGCGGCUGUGGGUGAUGGAGGCUCUAACAUAUUCCCCUAGCACCACGGGACCAGGUUAGCAUGGGCCUCCUGGGCUGUGGCAAACCUUUGUGCGGGUCAGUACGUUCAGGCUUCAGCAAGAAAAACCAUCAAAGUAAGGCCGGGAGCAGGCAAAUCUGCAUACUAAUAGGACGCACCUGAGAAAGCCUCCCCAGUGUACUACCAAAUUACCUGGCUCAGUUAACAUGAUGGGCGGGAGGGUUGGGGAUUUGGCUCAGCGGUUCCAGCACCUGCCUCAAAGCGCAAGGGCCCGAGUUCGAUUCCCCAGUACCGGGAGGGAGGCUGGAAAUUAACAAUGUGGAAUCUUAAACUCGUUGAUUUACCACUGGAUGAACAUUUCUUACAUGAAUUGUGAGACAUUAA